AAAAAAAAAAAGAAAAGAAAAAGGCGAAACCCUCGACUCCAUUUCCUCCCAAAUCCCAAACCCCCAUGGACGAGCUCGCCGGCGACAGCCGCCGCGCCGAUUCGGCGCCUCCGCUUCCGCAUCUCCCCGACGACAUGCUCGUGGAGAUCUUCCUCCGCCUCCCGCCGGAGCCCAUCCACCUCUUCCGCGCCUCCUUCGUCUGCAAGCACUGGCGCGGCCUCGUCCACGACGCCCGCUUCCUCCGCCGUUUCCGCGACUUCCACGGGGGGACGCCUCCCGUCCUCGGCUUCUUCAACAACCAGCCGGUGUCUCCCCUCUUCGCCCCCACCUCCGACGGCUUCGCCGUCCCCGGCGCCGCCACGAUGCGCCACGGCGAGUGGUGGGCCCUCGACUGCCGCCACGGCCGCGCCCUCCUCCUGGACCAACGACACGGAAGGCUCCUCGUCUGGGACCUCAUGAACGGCGACAAGCACUACCUGCCGUUCCCCACGCAGGCCCAUCUGGAGCGCGUUGAGUACAAUGGCGCGGUCCUCUGCGCGGCUGGCCACGCCGAUCACGGCGACUGUCAUUUGUGCCCGUUUCUCGUGGCGUUCGUGUUCAGUCAGCAGAGUGAUUUCAAUACCUCCGCGUGCGUCUACUCGUCCGAGAUAAGCGUUUGGGGUGAGAUCUAUUCGAUCGAAAUUCCAAAUGUAUUAGUUACAUGGGCGCCGACGCCACUGAUUGGAAAUACACUCUACUGGAUGUUGGAUACCUCUGGCGGCGCUAUCAAAAAUGAGUGUUGGAUCGUUGAGUUUGAUUUGGAUGCACACAAUUUGGAUUUAACUAGGGAGAUUCCAUACUACGUGCUCGAUAAGUACAAUAGGCAAAUUGUUCUCAUGCCAGCAGAUGAUGGACGGCUUGGUUUCGCCGGAGUUGACAAAUUCAGUCUCCAUUUGUGGUCAAGUGUAGCUUGUGUUGACGGGAUGGUAACAUGGGCACAUUGCAGAGUCAUUGAUCUGGAGAAUUUUCUUGCACUGGAAGCAGUAGCGGCGUGUCAGUAUGUACCAGAUGCAGUUGGCUAUGCUGAAGAUGCCAAUGUGAUCUUCAUUCGUGUGGAUCCAAACAUCUAUAUGAUUCAUCUCAACACCAUGCAGAUUGAGGAGGUUUCAGAGAAAGGGGCCUAUUGGUUUGUUUUUCCUUACACAAGUUUCUACACUCCAGCAAAAGCUCUUCGCAGUUGUUUUAUUGCCCACGAUUGCCAUCGGUUUAUUGGCUCAUUCUUCUCAUAGGACUUGCCAUUGGUGGUGGAGAUGAUCAAGCGGAAAUAUUGAACGGAAGUUAAGAUGAUUGGGCUUUCACAUCUGCAGUCACGCUUUGUUGGUCUAAGAGGUGAUGUAAUAAUAUCUUUUACUACCUCUCUAUUAGUUUGCUAGCGUGAUUUGAUAAUUUUGUGGUUCAAUGGAUCAAUAUCCUUACCAAAUGGUAAUAACUAAGAAACUGCAGUGCCAGUGUUACACAGAAUGCAGUCUGAUCCUUUUCCCCUUGAACAGAUCAUUUCAUUUGCCCUUUCCCUAUUCUUUCUCAGCUACAAAGUUUCGAUAGAGAAGUCUUCACUUGUCUUUCUCUAGCCUUAGAUUAGAUGACUAUUAUCUCCCAGACUUCAUCCGGAUUUUCUCUUGGAGCCUGGAUCUGGGCACUUCGUUCUGCUGAUGUACUAGCUUGAUGCAAUUCAUCAUGUCAGUCAGUUUUAUAUCCUUUCUCGAAUAUCCAUUUGCUACAUAGUACAACGAUGCCUGCAUUUGAGAAAAAAAACAGUGUCAUUAAGGUUUCAGUCCUCCAAAUGAGACGCCAUGGUUCGAUUAAUCGCAACAUGCUAGACUGCCAGUAAUCAUUUUGAAGCCCAAAAGUAUAAAGUAGAAACCAAAUGUUUAAUAUACAUGCCGUGCCCCUGGCAUUUACAUGGUAUUACCUCUAUCCCGUACAAAUGUACCACCACACAUGACCGGUACGCCUUGCAGUAUAUGUUCAUCUCUGGUGGCCUAUUGUUUGUUCGGUUGUUGCAUGUCAACUCGUAUAAACUGUUUUAAUUUGCAUGUUAACUUGUGUUGUGAUCAAACAUGGGAAAAUAUCACCGUUGGAAGGGAGCUCUUGGGCGACACGGCCGGCGACCGUACUAUGGAUUUAGCACUUCUGCUCUCUGGCGGGAAGGAGGUGUCUCCUGCUGGCACGUAUGGCGCCGCAUUGCUGAAGGGGGCGCAAAUCUCCUCGGCUCUCUCCUCGAGGAGGUCGGUGGGCAGGUUAUAGGCACUCUCGGUGGGUGAGGCGGACUCGGAGGAGGAUGAGGAUGCGACUCCUCGGUCGUGCAUCGCCAUGGAUCUGGGUGGAGACGACAAAGCUUGCUCCGGCGGCAGCGCGUGUAGCUGCUCUUGGCGUGGGCUUGGCAAUCCUCGGCGAGGACGGGGGUGACUCUUUGGGUUUCGUGCUGGUGUCUGGGCGGAGGAGGCGCUUUGUGGGGACCUCCUGCUACCAGGCAUCUCCAGCCUCGGUGGGCGUCCGUCAGCCCUCUUCAGUUUGAGCGUCAGGGCGUGGUGCCACUGGGCAAGGUGCUCAAGGUGGGCGCGAUUUCCGCUGGCAGAAGGCCGUGUCGUCACCAAAUCUGAGAGCUUGCGCUGGGAUUUGUGUGUCGGACCUGGCCAGAGGACAUGGAGCAACCUGAUGCUUGGGUUCGAGGUCUGGUAAUGAUGUGUGACUCUGGCGGUGCCCGAUGGUGGUGGCUCCUCUCAUGCGCCUGGCGUCGCCUGCUUGUAGCGUGAAGGAUUUUUUGCCAUUGGGUGGGGGCGGUGCCCUUUUGUUGGACCCUUGUGGGCCGCUUCUAGAGCCUAGGAAUGGCGGGUCGCUGCACUGGCACCUGGCCAAGGAGGGCCAGGGCCCUCUUUUGGCUUCAUCUUUGCUGACUUGGUGGCCCAACCUGCGCGAGUAGUGCAGUUGGUUGAUUUGGACCGUACACCUCUUCUGCCACCCAGGGUCGUUAGAGCCAAGAAGAGAAGGCUAGAAGGUGCUGGUGGGUGCCGAGUUCCCUCAUCCUCACUUGCUAGGUUCCCUAGUCGCUCUCUGAGACAUUUGUCACUAGGGUAGAACCACACGCUUCCUCUCUCGAAGUUGCGCCUCGUUUGCUUCGUGGUGCCCUCUCUUUGGACUGUGGCGGCGGUGGCCACAAGAGACAUUGCAGCGAGCGCCCAUUCGAGGAGGAUGAGCUGCAUUCCUCCAUGAGCAGCUCGUUGGCGGUUGUGAGGGCAGGCAAGAGGGGGCGGAAUGGUGGCUACCGUUGUGACCCCUCUCCUUCGCGCCGUUCUUCGUCGUCUGGUUCCUGCUCCCUCCCCCACCUCCAGGCCUGCCCCAGGCCGGGACGCGGCCGCCUGGCGUGUCUUUGGGUGUCUCCUCCCGUGGUGGUGAUGUAGGGGGAGCCCAGGAAUCGCAGUAUAGGGAGGGGCUGCAAUGGCAGUGGAACUACGGGGCAAGGAAGGCUGGCGGGAACCGGUUCAAGGAGCGCCUGGCGGCGUCAACCACAGAAGUCCAGUGCUACAAUUGUGGCUCGAAGGGCCAUUACAUCCAUUUCUCCUCUUUCUGCUUAGCUUGCGAGGUAGAAGGCCACACAUCAACUCAAUGCCCUGGGAAAUUUCUGAAGCGGGAGUUGGUGAUGUAUGGGUUUGGCAUGAGACAACUUGGCUUCUACCUUUGGGAGGGCGGUGUCAAUGUGGAAGAGGUGGUGCCCAACGCGGUCUUCGUGGUGGUUACAGAUGGCGAGGCGACGGUCGGGUCUCUCUUGACAGAUCUCCAUGGCAUGCUCGAGGAUGACGAGUGGCAUUGGUAGAUCAAGCAAGUCCAAGGGAAGAGCGGCACCAUCACCUUGCCGAUCAGCAAGCACGAGGCGGAGGUGGAGCCCAGGCCAUCUCUUGGCUCAAGGAGGCGUGGGUUCGGGUUCAUGGGGUGUCCGACAAGCUUUGUCCAGUGCCUCUCGUCAAGGAGUUCCUCCGUGUUGUUGGUAAGACCACGAUGAUCGACGAGGUGUCCAUCAUCCGCCUUGAUGGGCCCUAUACGUGCCUUGGUUUGGUGCCGAGACCUAGAGAAGAUCAGAGGCAAUUUUGAGAUUUUUCGAGGCAAGGGGGCUUCAUCAUGUGCAUGGAGAUCUAGAAGGGCGGGCCUCCUCCUCGCUCAGGGCUGGACACCCCAGCACGUCCACGCCCGCUUCCGAAGACGACGGUUGCAUCACCAUGGAGUGGACACCGCCAGUCGAAAAGGAAAGUCAUCGGCCUCCUCUGAUGCUCACCAGCGGGUGUGGCCUCAGGCCAGCCGCAACUGCAGGUUGCGGCUAUCUCAUUCCCGUCGUUUAUCCAUGGGGGUCCUGUUCGUCCUUGCCUUCCCCUCCCUCCACCGGCUUUGACAUCUCACACGGAGUUGCCGCCGGUGGUCCCUGGUCGCUCGCUUCGUCUUGUAUCAUUUCCGCAGUUGGUGCCCAUGGAUCAAUAUGGCUCUAAUUUGCGUUGGCAUCUUGCUUGGGCCUGCAGCACUCUGGGUUGAUGUCGCCCCCGCACCCAUCGUCUCUCCUGUUGUGGUUGGAGCCCUAAAACUUUGUGAGGAGGCCUCUCGCUCUGGCUCGGCGCUGCUAUCGCCUCUGGAGGGCGUCGCUGGUUCUGUUUUACUGGUGACGACGGUGGCUUCCCCUGCCUCGGUCCCCAUCUCCUCUGCGGGCUCCCCUUGCCCUACGAUUCCGACAACUACCAACCCCUUUCUCUCCACGGCAGCCUGUGCUUCGGUUGCGAGACCGGGCCCGAUGACCAUGGAGCCUGUUUCGCUCUUGGAUCGCUUAGAGGGAGAAGCCAUCCUGGACUCCGUCCUGCCUGCGGAGGACUACCUUAAGGCCCAGGACCUGCUCGCGCCCACAGAGGAGUUUGGGGAGGGGCUGGACUCCAACCUCCCAUCGCUCCCCCCUCGUCCUCCAGGAAGAGCUCCCGCACAAGGAAGCUCGGCGAUGGCUACAUGGAAACUGGAGCCCUCGGGGCAAUUCUCUACGGGCUCCCUCUAUAAGGAAAUCUUUAGGAACCAUGCGGUUUGUGACGUUAUGGAUUUGGAAAUGCUCCAGCCCAGCCAAAAUAAAGAUCUUCUUAUGGCAAAUUGCGCGAAAAUAGGAUCCCUAGUGGCGACUAAGUGUUGAAAUGCCAUGUGCCAGGACAAAUGUUUGUGGUGUGGGUGGGAUGAGACCUGUGACCACAUUAUGUUCCGUUGCCAGGUCGCACAAUUCAUGUGGAGUGUUACUCGAAGCCACCGGCUACCGUCUUGGACUCCAGCUUGCUCUCUUCUACUUGUACAAAUUCUGCUCAAGACCCCGAGAAGGCCCUGAUAGAAGUGGGACCGUCUCUUCUGAGCUUUGAAGUCCCGAGUAAUUGACCCGUUUCCCAAGCAGAGUCUCACGAAAUUCGUCGAAUACAAAGGGCUCCGAGAGGAAGCUUGCCUCGAAGGCAUUUGGCGCACUUGCGUGGUACUUGUGGGGUGUCAGAAAUAAAGCUUUAUUUGAGGGUAUUAGAUUCAAACAGCCGGCUGAUGUCUUCUACAAAAUGAUUGCCCUUCAGCUUGGAGACAGUUGGUGAGGCAUGGGGAGGAAUUACUGUUGCUUGACCACUUAUUGGACACCAUGCGAGCUAGGCUUGUCAGCACAACUCCACCUAGGCUGUUCUUCAUGGUGCUUCUGUUUUGAGCUCAUCUCUACCACGCUGCGUCGUGUGUACCCGGCCCUGAGGCCCUGUAUUGAACCGAUUCUUUAUUUUCUGCUGCUUGUAUGUGCCUCAUCGCCUAUUUGGUCCUUCGGAUCCCGUACCUUUACACGGUGCUGCUACCAGACUGUUUUUUAGGGCAUUAUUUAAGGUCAGGUGACGUUCUAAUUAAAAAUAUGUUAACUCGUACCGAA